CGACGCUUUCGAGAUUAAGUUCCACUUCCACACGUUGCUUAACUCGACAAAAACUACAGAACCUUCGACCUCCUUACAACAGCGGAUUGAAUAAUCCAAAUCUUCCUCGACCUGCCACAGCAAUUCUCGGUUCUUAGCCGACGACUGCGUCAAUAUUCAAGAGCCUGGCCUCGCCCAAUCUCGGAUUCCUUGUUCGUUGCUUGUAGCUGGGAAUUUCUAUUUCUCAGCCGGCGACUGCCAAAAGCAAUCCACGGCCUACAUCGUUCUUUACUUUCCGGUGUGGGGGUUUAUUAUUUUUAGCUGAUCGGAGCUAGCUGUACCAAGGAAGAGGGGAAAGUACGAUGGACUGGGGAAGUGUAACUGCUGAUGAUCUGAUUGGAGCUCUAAGAGAAGUCGACUGGUCUUCUCCGCCUCGUCCGCUCAACGAAUUCUUCUCCAAAUUCAGCAUCACCCGAUCUUACCCUAAGUGGAGCAGCCGCCUCAAAUGCAAUCUGUAUUACUACAGGACGAACUACUUCAUUUUGAUUAUGCUCAUUCUUGGUGUUGCUUGUAUCAUGAGGCCUUUAGCAAUAGUUGCUGCUGCUUUGACUGCUCUAAGCUUUGCUUUCCUUAACGAUAGUUUUGCAGUCACCUUCAGUGAGAAGACGACAAGAACUGUGAGGAAGUUUUCUCCUCAUUUGGCAGCAAAGAUGAGGCCUCCUCACAUGCCUGUCAUCCGCGGCCGCCCAUCGUCCAAGAAGACAAUGUACAUCUGUGGUCAGCCUCGUGGAGUCUUUGUUUUCGUAUUCACAUCCGCCAGUUUGAUUUUGUGGUUUGCUUCAGGCAGCUUGCCCACUGUUCUGUGGGCACUCGUGAUUGCCCUUCUUGCGACCAUCAUCCAUGCGAGUGUCAGAACACCUAAUCUCAAAGCAAGGCUCAAUACAUUCAGGGAGGAGUUCCGCGAAGUCUGGCGCAACUACAGCGACCUGUGAUUGGCUACGGCAACCAUUUGAUGACAUCCGUCCAUUGCUGUAUUUGCCAUAAUCCUCCACGGUGAUCCUCCUUGAAUGAGGAGAUGUUUCUGCUAGUUGUCAUUGCAAGAUGUUCGCCAAAGCUUCGCACAUCUCUUCUUCUAGGUCCAAGGUUCGGGGUAGCAUUUACCUACAGGAAAAGAAAAAGAAAAAAGAUAUGGUUUUGUUAGAGCUGUGUGUUGUAAAUUUUCGUCUAGGCACAUAACAGAUCUCUGUGCAAGAUGCUUUCUUGUCACCCUUUUCACUUGUGAACUUGAAUGGAAUGGUAGUACCUAGUAGUCUAGUACUAGUGGCGUCCAAGAUUGCUAAUUGUGUAUCCUGGAUCGUGGGAAGCAUAAAGGAUUAUAUGAUUUCUUCAUUUCUAUCAGCUUCUUUCGUCCUCAACUUAUCUGUAACAUAUAAAGUAUCCAUUUAAUCAAGGUUUUACAAAUGUUUGUAGG